AUGCCAACACCGCCAGUUUCGGGUUUUACGCCAUCCAUUAGGGAUGUAGCAAGUGCCUUAUUUUUCUCCCCAUAUAAGAUAAUAUUUCGAAAUUCAGAAAAAAGGGGUGAAGUGAACAAUGCCCCUUAUGAGGAAAAAAAGAAAUUGGAAACCCCAGCUGCAAGCACAGAACAGGAAGAAGUGACUGUAAGCGUCGUCCAGGCGGAGCCGGAGGGGGAAAAGACGCAGGGAGGGGAGGAAGGGAAGAAGGUGGAAGCGCCUAAAACAGGGGUCGCAACAGACGGCAACGCUGAAGAAGCAGCAGCAGCGAAGGAUGUAGCAGCAACGAAGUUUGUAGCAGCAACGAAGUUUGUAGCAGCAACGAAGGAUGUGGAAACAGCAGAGAAAGAAGAAACAACAGAGAAAGAAGAAACAACAGAGAAAGAAGAAACAACAGAGAAAGAAGAAACAACAGAGAAACAAGCAACGACAGAGAAAGAAGAAACAACAGAGAAACAAGCAACGACAGAGAAAGUAACAACAACCAAGGAGGUAGCAACGACAGAGAAAGCAGCAAUAAUAGAGGAGACAGAAAUAGUGCAGGAAGCAGCAAUAGUCCUGGAACCGAAACACAGGCAGAAAGAAGCCAAGGCAAAGUCGAACGAAAGCGCUGCCCAGCUAGGCAGCACCUUGGAGAAACAGAAGUACAAUUUUUUCUGGAGACGAAGAUCUAAUAAGAAUAACAUAAAAGGAAAAAAAAAGAAAGAAUCAAAGGAUGAGUCCCAAAAGAAAGACAGGAAGAAAUUGCCCACGACUUUUCUACUACCCGGGGUUGGAGGAAGUACACUAAUUGCCCAUUACAAAAAUGCACUGAUCCAUAGUUGCAGCAGAAAUUUGUUAAAUUCAAAGCCAUUUAGAAUAUGGAUUAGUUUAGUUAGACUUUUUUCACUAACAUCAAAUGUGUACUGUACCUUUGACACCUUGAGGUUACUGUACGACAAUGAGAAACAACUGUAUUCGAAUCACCCAGGAGUUAACAUUACGGUGGAAGAUUAUGGGCGUCUUAAGGGCAUUGAUUAUUUAGAUUAUAUUAACAAUACUGGCAUAGGGGUAACAAGAUAUUAUAACACUAUAGCUUCUCAUUUUUUGUCUAAGGGUUAUGUUGAUGGGGAAAGCAUCAUGGGUGCACCGUACGACUGGCGUUAUCCCCUGUACCAACAAGAUUAUAUCCUUCUCAAAGAGAGCAUAGAAGCAGCUUAUGAAAGGAAAAACGGAAUUAAGAUAAAUCUAGUAGGCCAUAGUUUAGGAGGUUUAUUCAUAAAUUAUUUCCUAGUGCAUAUAGUUGAUAAAGAAUGGAAACAAAAAUAUUUAAGUUCGAUCAUGUAUAUGAGUUCUCCAUUUAAGGGUACCGUCAAAACCAUUAGGGCUUUACUGCAUGGAAACCGUGAUUUUGUUUCUUUCAAAAUUUCUAAUUUGAUUAAACUUUCCAUAUCAGAUAGUAUGAUGAAGGCCAUUGGAAAUUCAGUAGGUUCCUUGUAUGACCUCAUACCAUAUAAGGAAUACUACGACGUUGAUCAGGUUGUAAUUAUAAUGAAUACAGACCCCGCCCCGAUUGCGGAGAAUUACGUGCAGUCCAUUGUGAACACUUGUGGAAUAUAUAAUAAAGACUGCUAUCUGAACAGAACUGAUGUGAAGUUAAAAGUGUAUACCUUAUCAGAUUGGCAUGUGCUUCUAAAGGAUGACUUGUUGGAAAAGUACAAUAAUCAUAAACAAUACAUAGAGAGGCAUUUUUCGAUGGACCAUGGGGUACCCAUAUAUUGUGUAUAUAGUACCCUUAAAAAUAAGAGCACCGAUUAUUUGCUGUAUUUUCAAAAGGAAAACUUAAACGAGGAACCAAUUGUUUAUUACGGAAUAGGUGAUGGAACUGUGCCCAUCGAAAGUUUAGAAGGAUGUAAUAGUUUUUACAACGCAAAGGAGAAGAAGCACUUUGAGAAUUAUAGCCAUAUCGGUAUUUUGCACAAUGCGGACGCUGUCAAUUAUGUGUAUGAUUUGUUGCAAACCACAGGGGGAGACCUGGAAGAUGCCUAUGAGGAUGUUAAAGCCGAGGUAGCUGGGCAGGCGACUACGGAGGGAGAAGGCAAGAUGCAGAUGUCACCCCAAGGAAGUACCGGUGGAGAGAAAGCGUUCAGCAACGUAUCUCAACAGGGAACAGGCAACGGAGAAAUGCCCAACGCGGCGGCCAUGCACACCGAGUGA